GCCUCGCAAAUUCUCUUCGCUCUUGCUUGUGCUGUGCCGCCUCGGUGCUUCCUUUCAGACGACUCCAUGCGCGUUUGCGCCUCCCUGCGGCCAUGAAUCUCACCGCCGCGUCUAGGACCGCCACUGUACAGUCGGUCGCCCGCGUUCUUACUGUCAGCUCCGGAGCGGUCGAACCUUUCGGAGGCCGCGUGUACGUAGGCUGCUGCCCUAUGCAACAGGUGUUGAAACUGGUGCAGUCUGGGCUGCGGUUGCUGUUCAUCGGUGCCGCGAGUGCGGUCCUUGCCUUGGCCGGCAUCCUCCUGAGUAUCGUCGCCGCGAUCCGGCGAGCCUAUGUACGCCUGCGAGGGAUCGACGAUCCUUCGGAGAAACAACUCCAGCAUGAGCUUCAUUCAUCACCCCUCCGUGACCGUGACCACCGAGGCCACAAGCCACCACCCCGCCACAGGUCCACUCAUGCAUCCCGGUCACCUAGUCUCGAGGCACGCGACGCGAGCGUAAGCCGAACACUGGCACCCCUGCGCUCGUCGCCCGAGCCGAUGCUUCCGUCCGAACGACGCCAACCCAAUUCGCCACCAAGGGAGCGGAGACGUCGCCGGCGACCUGCACCUCUAUCGCCUCCUUCGACUUUGCCUACGAUCGACUCUACGAUGGAGUUCGUCGAGCCGUCCUCGUCGACGGCCGGGCGCCCGGCGCUGGAUGUGCGUGGCAAUGCUGCGGGACGUGAUCCGGUUCGCGCGCUUUCGUCUCCUGCUCCGGUUCUCAGCGACUCGUCUCCGACGCAAUCGACGGAACCGUCGAUCGAGUCGGAGUCAGUGGAGGGCGGAUCGCGCGUGGACCGUUCGCGAUCGCCCAUCCGGGUUCUGAAGCGCAUGAAGGAGCAGCACACCCAAUUCCGCGAACGCUGCCUCAUACGCGUGCACAGCAUGCCGACCGCGAAGCCUGCAAAGCCUGCACGGCGGACUGAUCCUUACCAGGCACCAUACUACUUCCCCACCCCUCUGUCGCCAGAUGCCGACAUCUACGUCGAGCAAGUACUCAGUGAACGACAAGGCGCCCGGGUCACGGAUCCAAUUAGCUUCCGCCAGUACCGGGAUCGCGUUCCCUUGUCUCCUCGCACCUCGCCAAAGUCCAAGGAGGAACUGUUGCCGCCCCCUACUCCCGAUAUCGUUGUCUCGGAGACAGCACCCGCGCCUACUGAAUCUACGCCUGAGCCUCCGGUUCGGCCAUCUCUUCGCGAGAAGAGUCAUAGGUGGUCGUGGCAUUUGCCGCAUCUGCAUGCCAAGUCUGCGCAGGACGAAGCGGUGUCUCAAGAGACUGCUGAGAAGCCGCAAACGCCUGCAAAGUUCUUGUUCGGGCAUCACAGACGGCGUAAUGGAACCGCCAGUGAGGAUGUGAAGGCGAAGCGAGCAUCGCUGCCUGCUCAGUCGUAGACCUCCUUUGUCCUUCGCACAUCAUGCACUAUCCACAUUUUGCGUCUAUUUAUCACUAAUCCGCCCGACGCAUCAGUGGGAUCACACACAUACCUCUCCACAAUUUCCUCCCUACUGUCUCCAUCUGCCAAACCCCGCCACUCCUUAACAUCUCUGUAGACUCGCUUUCAACCGCUUACUCCCCAUCAUUAUUGGCUUUGCCGAAAUUCGCUCACUGUAUGUCCAACGUAAUGUACUGUACCAGCAUGUUGUCAUACAUACCAUAAAAUCAAAUAGUCGUUGCCUGCCC